AUGGAAGAUAGUAGCAAUAGUUCUCUUAAUUUAUCCUUUGCCGAUGAAACUAAACAUGCGGAUGAUAUUAUCCCAGUACUCGAAGAAGAAGCAUCAUCUUCGCUGAGCUCAAUCCCAUCGCUUCUUAAGGGUGCAGAUAACUAUGUGAGAGGAAUAUUCAGUGGCUUUAUGGGCUCCUCUACUGAUGAUGAUUCUGUUACUGGAGCUUGCGAAAAGGAAGAAGACGAAGAAGAGGAAGAUAAACCAUUAAUAGAAUCAAUGAAAGAUUCCUUUAAGAGCCUUUUUGACAAAAGAGGUGUAGCUAUUUUGGGUUUAAUAUUUCUCCUUGUAAUUUUUAUCUACAUGUACAAAAAUGGACACUUUGAAAAUUUGGCAAAAAUGCUUCCACUGUCCUUAUUAACUGGAGAAGAGCACGAAGAACAUCAUCACGCACAUUCUGGAUGCACCUGCAAAAACAAAGGCGCAAAACCAGCGAAAAGUGCCGCCUCAACUGGAGAAUGCCCAUGCCAAAAAGCUAAAAGAAUGGCUGAAGAAGCAGCCAAAAAAGCAGCUGAAUUAGCAGAGAAAAACGAUAUCAUUGAGGCUUAA